AUGAAUGAUAACAAACAAGAAGUACCACUUGAUUUGGAGCCAAUAAUUAUUUCACCAUCUCAUUGUUAUUUAUAUGGGAUUGAUGGAAAUGUACAAGAAAUAAUUAAUGAAAGUAGAAGUAGAAAAAUAUGUUUAUAUUCUUAUUUUCCAUGUCUUAUUCAACCGAUUUGUAAAAGAUCCAAUUUAAAACGAUAUUUAUAUUUUUUUAUUUCAGUAACAUUUAUAAUAACAACAAUUGAAUUAAUAUUGUUUUUUAUUAGUGCAUUGUUUGAACAUGAAAAAGAUUCUUAUAUUUUAAUUCUAACUACUAAUUCAAUUAAAAUUGUUGGAGGAAAGAAUUUAUCAUUAAUUAAAUGUGAGUACCAAUACUUUAGAUUAGUACUUCCUAUUUUUUUACAAAACAAUCUUCUUCAAUUAAUUGUCACAACUUUUAUUCAAUUGAAAUUUGGAAUUAUUGUAGAAAGAAUAUUGGGAAGUUCAUGGUACUUUAUUAUGUAUUUAUUUUGUGGAACAAUGCCAUUAUUUGGGAGUUAUUUAUUUGCUUACAAAUUACCAUUUAUUGGUUGUUCUUCUUCUUUAAUAGGAAUAAUGAUAAUUUGGAUUUUACAAAUGAUCAUUCAAAAAGAGAAAUACCAUCCAAUUGUUUGGGUUCAACUCUUUAUUUCAGCUAUUUUUAGUGUAUUAUUAAUUAUUGGUAGUUGUUUAUUUACACAAAUUGAUGGUGUUUCAAUUAUAUUUUCUAUUGGAACAGGGAUGUUAUGUGGACUAACAUAUUUUGGCGAUAAUUUUAAAUCUUGUUUAACAAAUAUCUUCUUUAAAUGGGCAAAUAGACUUCUCCCUAUUAUAUUGUAUUUGUCAAUACUUACGCUCACAAUUUUUGUUAUUCAUUUUGUUUUACCAGUGUCAUGUCAUUCUACUCAAACCGCUUCUUAA